AUGGAGCACUACGACAUCGCUGUUGUUGGCCUGGGUGCCCUUGGAAGCGGGGCUGCCUACCACUCUGCCCUCAAAGGCGCCAAAGUCAUCGCCUUCGAACAAUUCGAGUUCGGACACGUUCGCGGCGCCUCUCAUGACACUUCGCGUAUCGUGCGCACCUCUUACGAUGCACCGGAGUAUGCCAAGUUUGCCAAAUCCUCAUAUAAGGACUGGGGUGAGCUGGAGAAGCGCACCGGCCAGCAAUGGCUCACCAUCACCGGCGGGGUCAUCGUUUUCCCUAAAGGUUCGCAGAAACUUGCCCGUGAUUACACUCACAGCCUCGACGCCAAUGAGCACAGCUAUGAGCUCCUCACCUCGGAACAGGUCAAGGCCCGUUGGCCGCAGCUUUGUGUCCCCGUGGGUUCGCACACCAUCUAUACGGCGGAUAUGGGCAUCGUGCAUGCAUCUAAGUCCGUUGCGGCCAUGCAGUACAUGGCGCGGUCUAUGGGUGCCUUGUUAAAGGAGCACACGCGUGUGGAUCGUAUCUUGCCCCAGGCAAACGGUGCUAUUAUCGAGACAUCGCGGGGUCGAUUCUCCGCGGGCAAGGUGAUCAUCGCAGCUGACGCAUGGGCGAACAAGCUUCUCGCGCCGCUGGGUGCAGAUAUCCCGCUUGACGUGAUGCAGGAACAGGUCACGUAUUUCAAGCCGGAGAACCCAGAAGCAUACGAACCGGACCGAUUCCCCGUAUGGGCCUACGCCGCGGAAGAUGGAAAAUUCUACUACGGGUUCCCAGCAUAUGGUGAGCCGACACUCAAGGCAGGGCGGGAUAUCGCAUACAAUCGGAUGUCGCCGGAGGAGCGCACGUUCGUGCAUUCGGAGGAGUUGCUGCAGGAGCUGACUAGGCAUAUGGAGGGCUUUAUUCCCGGGAAAGGACGGGUGCUUCGAACUGUGACGUGUCAGUAUGCAAUUACGCCGAACAGGCAAUUUGUUAUUUCCCCGUUGGAGAAGCACCGGGAUAUUCUCAUUGGUUUGGGAGGUGGGCAUGCGUUUAAGUUUGCGCCGACUUUUGGCCGCGUGUUGGCGGAAUUAGCGAUUGAUGGGAAGACGAGUGAUGAUAUCUCCAAGUUUGGCAUUCCGAAGACUGCGCCAAUGAGUAAAAUCUAG